GACACUAGUAAGACCAACCCUGUGGCAGCCGGUUUGGAUUGAUACAAAACUUGCCAAUGGCACUUCCAGUAUGAUUGUUCCCAAGCAACGGAAACUCUCAGCAAGCUAUGAAAAGGAAAAAGAAUUGUGUGUCAAGUAUUUUGAGCAGUGGUCAGAGUCCGAUCAAGUAGAAUUUGUUGAACAUCUUAUAUCCCAAAUGUGUCAUUACCAACAUGGUCACAUAAACUCGUAUCUUAAACCAAUGUUGCAGAGGGAUUUCAUAACUGCCCUGCCAGCUCGAGGGUUGGAUCACAUUGCUGAGAACAUUCUGUCAUACCUGGAUGCCAAAUCUCUAUGUGCUGCUGAACUUGUGUGCAAGGAAUGGUACCGAGUGACAUCUGAUGGCAUGCUAUGGAAGAAGCUCAUUGAGAGAAUGGUCAGGACGGAUUCUCUCUGGAGAGGCCUGGCAGAAAGAAGAGGGUGGGGACAGUAUUUAUUCAAAAACAAACCUCCUGAUGGGACUGCUCCUCCCAACUCCUUUUAUAGAGCACUUUAUCCUAAAAUUAUACAAGACAUUGAGACAAUAGAAUCUAAUUGGAGAUGUGGAAGACAUAGUUUACAGAGAAUCCAUUGCCGAAGUGAAACAAGCAAAGGAGUUUACUGUUUACAGUACGAUGAUCAGAAAAUCGUGAGCGGCCUUCGAGACAAUACAAUCAAGAUCUGGGAUAAAAGCACACUGGAAUGCAAGCGAAUUCUCACAGGCCACACAGGUUCUGUCUUGUGUCUCCAGUAUGACGAGAGGGUGAUCAUAACUGGAUCGUCAGAUUCCACUGUCAGAGUAUGGGAUGUAAAUACAGGUGAAAUGCUAAACACCUUGAUCCACCAUUGUGAAGCAGUUCUGCACUUGCGUUUCAAUAAUGGCAUGAUGGUGACCUGUUCCAAAGACCGUUCUAUUGCUGUUUGGGAUAUGGCCUCCCCAACUGACAUCACCCUCCGGAGGGUGCUGGUUGGACAUCGAGCUGCUGUCAAUGUGGUAGACUUUGAUGAUAAGUACAUCGUUUCUGCGUCUGGGGAUAGGACUAUAAAAGUAUGGAACACAAGUACUUGUGAAUUUGUCAGGACCUUAAAUGGACAUAAACGCGGCAUCGCCUGUUUGCAGUACAGAGACAGGCUGGUAGUGAGUGGCUCAUCUGACAAUACCAUCAGACUAUGGGACAUAGAAUGUGGAGCAUGUUUACGAGUAUUGGAAGGCCAUGAGGAAUUGGUGCGUUGUAUUCGUUUUGAUAACAAGAGGAUAGUCAGUGGGGCCUAUGAUGGAAAAAUAAAAGUGUGGGACCUUGUGGCUGCUCUGGAUCCCCGUGCUCCUGCAGGGACUCUCUGUCUCCGGACCCUUGUGGAGCAUUCUGGAAGAGUUUUCCGACUCCAGUUUGAUGAGUUCCAGAUCGUCAGUAGUUCCCAUGAUGAUACAAUCCUUAUCUGGGACUUCCUAAACGAUCCAGCUGCCCAAGCGGAACCCCCUCGUUCCCCUUCUCGAACGUACACCUACAUCUCCAGAUAAAUGAUCAUACACUGACCUCAUACUUGCCCAGGACUCAUGAAAGUUGCAGUAUUUGAUGUAUCUGCCAGUGCCCAGAUGAGCACCAACCUACAGACUCCGACUCAGUUUUCCCGGACGAGCUCGGAGCCUCCUGUUGGGACACAGUUGGUCUGCAGUCGGCCAGGACGUCUGCUCCACACAGCUGACUGCAUCCGGGCUGCUGUCAGAAGUUGUCUUCAUCUUUCGUGAAUGAGUGGACCUUAUCAACCUCGCCUUCCGCCCCUCCUCUCCCCGCUGCACCUGUUUUGUUUUUCUUUUUGUUUUUUUCCCCUUCAUUUGGUUCCAGACAAAGAUGACCUAUAAAUAUAUUUAGUGUUUUGCCAGAAUCUCUCUUGCUUUGCUAGUAAGCAGAAGACUAGUUUCCUCAUAUAGCCUACUAGGAGAGGCCCACUUCUCCAGGAAGGAGACAGAAGUGGGGAGAAAGAAACGGGGACACAGCUUCGAGCCAGCCAGUCCCCAGUGUCUCCUUGUCAACUACAGGAGUGUUCAGCACCUGGCAAGAUCAGCCCAACCCUGUCCAGCCUAGCCUCACCACACUUAGAAGACAGAGCUCGCUCUGUCUUGGCUUCGGGGCAAGAGAGAAAGCGAGAAAAACAGAAUGGGCACACUGAAGACCUGGGCUGCUUUCCUUCUUUCUCUGUAUCCUUCUCUGCUCCUCUUCUCCCUCCCUGCCUCCCUCCUUCCUCCAUCCUGCUGCUCUGCUCCACUCAGAGUAUGUGACGAGAAUGUCCCAGGUUAGCAUGAGACGGACCAGCUAGAACAUGCAACACCUGGAAGAGUUCAACGCUGUUGUCUCAAGAUUUCAAGUCCGGCCACAAUGGAUCCUUGGACACGGUAUUCUCAUCUUCGUAACUCUUUUCUCUUGUAAACCAGCACCACCAUCGCCACCCCCACCCCCACUCCCCUCCCUGUUUGGAGGGGGUUAGAAAUGUGCUGGGCUCCAUCGGUGGCAGUGUCUUUUCUGGACUCAGCAGUCUACUGGAUUCCAUGUAGAGUGGGGAAAGGAGCUGCUGAUUGCAUUUCCUCUCAUUAACAAUUAGAUGUGUAAUAAAAAGCAUUGUACGUCAUCUUAAAUCAUGGGUGAGGCUCAGCCUACAGAGAGGUUUGAGCUGGCCAGGCGCUCCCUCGGUGCAUUUUGCAUAAUGGGCCUGACUCGGAGUUCCUCAUCAGGGCCUGUGAGCAGCCAAGCGCCAGCAUCUUCUUCAGACCCCGCUUUAGAGAUGGUCACGGGUGAAAGCUGGUGGUUUUCACUUAGGUGAGAAAAUAGCAUCUCUCAAAAAUCCAUCUAGCCAUCGCCACCUUGCUCUGCAGAGCCUUCCUUCCGCUUGUUCCCAGACCUGUCUUUACAAAAGCGCGAAGGUGCCAGAGAGAGGAUCAGGGCGAGGCUUGGUAUACAGGGUUUAUCAAGGGGGCAGAAACUGCCUUCUCUUUCCUUCUCUCCCUCUUCCUGGCCUUAUUUUUGGUCCCUACCCCCCACUGAUAACACUUUCUCUGCACUUGGUGGACAUCAUCAACGAGUGGAACUCGGCCCUGGCCAAGGAGGCAUGGCCAUUUAGAAGGCAGCAGGCUUCAUGUGCAGGGCACAUUUGCCCUCUUUCUCACCCACACUCUACCCCACCCCCCAACCUGUAUGCCCAGGGUGGUCUCUCGGCAGGGGAAGCAGCUUGUUUCCCAGGGCAUGGAGGGGCCCCUCCAAGAGCCAUCUUCUGUGGCCUGGGCCCGCCCAUCUGAGGCCCCCAGGCCACAGCACAGUCCCAUGUAGCCCUUGGAAGGGGUAGCCAAGCCCACUGCUUCCAUUCCUAAUUGAAGCAGUUGAGUAAAUGGAACCCCUGUUUAAUCAGCUGCUAUGAAAACCACAGAAUGGGAGCCACUUGCAGGCGGCCACAAAGUCAGGUCACCUUAAUUAGGCAGAGGGGAGGGGAGGGGAGGGGAAAGGUCUGGUCACUGCCAGCUGAUGUGCACAAAGGUUUUCUCUUUGUACCCAGACUCAAAUGUGACUACAGAGAGAGCAGAUGUGAUAUGUGUGUGUUUUUCCUUUACUGCUGUCUGAGUAUUUUGCAGCUUUUUGUUCCAGGUUAUAUUCAUCAAAUAUUUCCCCAAGUAAUGACACAUGUUUGCCUGGGAAAUGCAUUCUAAAUAGAACUGCCCAAAUGCUCCAGCCACUAUCAGGGUUCCUUAUCUACCCAGUUGACUACUAAUAGCUCUUUUAAUUCAUUAAAGAUGUUUGUACCGAUGGUGGCAAGGGGCUGUCAGCCCUGAGAAGCGCUGAGAUCUAACAUGACAGAGGCAUGGAUUUAUAGCUGUUUCAAAAUUUUGUCCAAUAGCCAUAACUCUACUGGCCCUUCAGUGACGCAUGCUGCUGUUUCCCCGUGGGGGCCAUUGGGUUUUCACUGGCACCCGGGGGGUGGCUCUCUCAUCUCGCUCCAGCCGAAGGUGUGCUCUGUCUCAGACUGUUGGGAAGCUUGGCCAGCACCUUGAAACUGAGUUGGAGGGUGGCCCUGGCAGAUCCAGAGCCACCAGCUCAGUUGAGGACAUUCUACAAGUCGUCCUCUCUGCUGCUCAUGGAGCUGGGGAUGAAGUUAAGUGGUCUGAAAAACUUGAACUGUUCGCGCAUCUCAGCUCGGAGGGUCAUUUACCAGUUCAUUGUAGAAGAAAUAAUCAGGUAAGUAGAAAAGUUCAUUUCCAGAGAAAGAAAACCCCACUUACCAGCUCUGCAUGAUUUCAGUGGGAAUUGAUUAUCACUAAUCCCCAACUGGGCUAGAAUAAAUGUAAAGUUUGACCUUUUAAAAAAGAAAAGAGGAACAAAGAAAGUCCCGACUCAUCUAAAGGAGUGGCAGGGAGCCAAUGUGUCCUUGGCUCCACGAUGAGCAGUUGCCAUCGUAGGUUCAUCGUGCUCACUGAAGUCUGCUGUCCUGUGUAGGGCCAAGAACCCCUCCUCCCCCAGGCAGGUGACAUGCAUGCACCUGUCCCCCUCACGGCCAUACUGAAGCUGCUCAGACAAAACUAGCCCAGCAGGCUUUGCUGCAUGUGCUGCUCUGCACUACUAAGAACAUCCUCCUGCUUCCUGAGAUGCAAUUGGAAAGUGGAUGGGAAUGGUGAAUAGGGAGCCAUCUUCAUUUGUUCCUUGGCAAAAUUCCUUCUGGUGACUCCUAACAUCAGAGUGGGGCACUCAAGGCUGGAUAUUGUAACUGUGAACCUGUUUUUGAACUGGAAAGGCGCCAAGACUGGAAGUCAUUCCAGGGUUUUGCUGGGUUUUGUUUUGCUCUGCCUGAGGAAGAAAAGCCCUCUUCAUUGUCUUCUGCACAAUCAAAAGCUAAAGAGGAGAAGUGCCGUGCUCGCUUCCUGCUGACUCCGGGUGCCUAGUGUCUGCACUACUGUGCUUGGGGUGCUCCUGUGUUUAGCAUGUGACUGUGCACAGGACAAAGGGCUCAGGAGGAGGGCAGGUCAGGACUACUGGAAAUGAUGACAUUUCCCUUUACUAGAAUUAGAUGAGGCACGUUGGAAUUUUGGCCUUCUUUAGCAUCUUCAUUUGCCUUAGAUGGUAACACGUUCCUUGCCCCCACUGGGAGCCAUUCAAACCUGAGUAGUGAGGGCCCGCAGAGAUAGGCUGAGACUGCAGGCUUGGUUUGAAAGGAGUCCAAGGUGCUUCGAGGUGAACAGUGGCACCCCUGUGACCACCAUCUUCUCUGGUCGUCAGGUUGACUCCUCCCUCUCCUUAUCCAUCGUUUGAGUUCAGCAGACUGUGCGGAAGGUGCCCUUGCUUCUCCUCGCCUUCCUCUUUCCCCACUAGAGUAAUGCUCACCCCAACAAGCCCACCCCGAGAUCCUGGCAGGGGUCGCCCUGGGCUCCUCCCACACCACUGGUCACUGUUUCCAGGGCCCCUUGGUUUGCCCACAGCACAGUCUCGCCGUAAUCAGUGCUGGAGAGAGAGCCAGCGUUUAGAGGAGAUCAAACUUAUCUUUACCUGCAGUGGGUUGUGACUUGAAAACCCUUGAAGUUGAGGAAAGAAACAAACAAACAAAAAAAAGUGACUGUGGCUACCUGAUUCAAGGUGAAACUUAAUACAGUGAUUGCUAGAAACCCCUUCUGUUGGAAGUUGAGCGCCUAUACCGUAAAAAGUGCUGGAGGCAGGUGACACCCGAAAUACACACUUUCCAACCAACCCAAUGGGCUGUCUUAGCUCUUGAAUGUGUGUGUGUGUGUGUGUGUGUGUACGUGUGUGUGGAGGAUCAGUCCAGUAAAUGGCAUUAUAAAACAUUAACUCCCUUUCUACCCUUUCCUUUUGGGGGCGUUGGAGAAAAAGACCUGCUACAGGGAUUAGACCCCUGGGUACUGGAAACUGACACCUUUCCGAGUCAGUGCUGGCUCAAGCCCCAGCCCAACUGCUGCGGGAGUUGUUCGCUUGAGUCUGGCCAGGGGACGGGCCAGCAGCAAAGGGGAGCUUCCCAGAGGGUUUCUGGUGUGUUCAGUUCUUUGUUAUCUAGACCCUUAAGUACUGACUGCUUUGACUUUUGUGAUUCUGUUAUGUGAUGUGUAGUCAAUGUACCCAUGUGUUCACAGCCUAGAAUCAUGGUAAUAUAGUAGUUUUGUUUUUUUAUUAUUAACUGUUCAGUAAAAUGAAGAGUAACUUAAAUUAUAAAUAGAAGAUUAAACUGAAUUCUCUAA